AUGGAUACUAUCCAACUCGCUGACUUUGGCUCCGUUGGAGGCAAAGUUUUAAGCCCUGAUACACUGGCGCACGUUGUCCUACGCACAAACAAUCUCAGGGGCAUGACCGAGUUCUAUCUAAACUUUCUGGGAGGCACGGUCACGUACGGCAAUGAUAUCAUAUCCUUUAUAACAUACGACGACGAGCACCAUCGUAUCGCAAUUAUUAGAGUACCCGGUACGAAUUCCAAAGCCCCGACCAGCGCAGGACUAGAGCACAUCGCUUUUACCUUUCCUACAUUACCGGCGUUACUUCUCGCCUACCGACAACGAAAAGCCCUCGGCAUCUCUCCAUUCUGGUGCGUUAAUCAUGGCCCUACAACAUCUAUCUAUUACAAAGACCCCGACGGCAAUAAGAUCGAGACCCAAGUUGACAAUUUUGACAAUGUCGAAUCCGCCAUCGAUUUCAUGAACAGUAGCUACUUCGCCGAGAAUCCAGUUGGCACUGAUUUCGAUGCAGAAGAGCUAUUGGAAAUGAUCAAGGCGGGGGUGCCAGAGUCCGAAUUGAAGAAACGAGCUGAGAUAGGACCGAGAGAACUUCCUAGCUUGGAAGCUAUGUAG